AUGGCUAUUUUUUCAAAGCUUCUCUUACUUUCCUUGACUGUGGCUGGAUCACUGGCCUCUCCUGUCGAAAUCAAGAGAGACGGUGUUGACAUCUUAGAGCGAAACUCGGACUACAACGUCAUUGAGCCAGACUUUGAGUUGGGUGCUCACAGUGUCGUCAAACGCACGGAUCCAAAUUACUCUCAGAACUACAUAGCGAGUGGCGCAAACGUCCAGUUCUCUCCCAAUGGCAAUUCCUUUUCCGUCAAAUUCAACACGCAGUCAGAUUUCGUUGUUGGCCGUGGAUGGAAAACCGGAGACAAUACUCCUAUCCACUUCAGUGGAAGCGCCUCUUUCACCAGCGGUGUAGGCCUCCUCUCUGUCUACGGAUGGUCCACCAGCCCUCUAGUUGAGUACUACAUUAUCGAGGAUUCUAAAAACCCUCCUCAGCAAGGCACUAUCAAAGGCACCUUCACCAGCGACAACGGAACCUACACAGUCUGGGAACAUCAGCAAGUCAACCAGCCUUCCAUUCAAGGCACUAGUACCUUCAACCAAUACUUGUCUAUUCGAUCCGAUGGACGUAGCAACGGGACAGUGACGCUGCAGAAUCAUUUCGAUGAAUGGGCCAAGUACGGAAUGAAGCUGGGUUCACUGAACUACCAAACCAUCUCUGUCGAGAGCUGGGGUGGGGCUGGCAGCGUGAGUCAAACAGUCACCAAGUCCUAGAGAGGAGGAUGGAGCUUGAUAUCGCGAAGAUUUAUAUCUUCGAUGUUGGCGUAAGCGUCAG